AUGCCGUCAGAGAGUCAGGCCAGAGACAUACCCGAAGGAUAUUUUCAAGAUGGCGAGGCGGUAGUCUACCACAGUCGCACGCACUCCGGGUUUUUGAGGACCCGGAUCGCCAAAGUCCACGUGGUGGGUGGUGUGGUCCAAGCAAUCGAUCUUGCCUGUAAGAAGAGUGCCGACUUGACCAAGAUCGCCAAGAUCCAAUCCGGUGAAGUCGUUGACAGCGCUGGAGCAGACAAUGAUUCGCGCAAGCACAGAGGAAACGUUCUGACCGAGCUUCCUUCACCCUUGCACGUGGAGAAUGCAGAGAGGUGGCCCACCGAAACCCGUGGCGGUGAUGGAAUCCUCUGUUACGACUCUCAGGCAGGCAAGCAGCAGAAGCUGCCCACCUCCACAGAGAUCAGAAGAGAAAACAACGAGGUUGCCCUCCCAGGUUCUGAGAGAUUCAACAUAGGCGACAAAGUGUUCUACUACAGCAAGACGCACUCACAGACGGUCGUUGCCGAAGUGAAGGGAAUCACUGCCGAUGGUCUGUACGACCUGGACGUCAAGAAGAGGGCGCUUCCGGAAAAUGUCUCGCGUUACGUAGAGGAAGCGAUCCCGGCUCCACCGGCUCCGCCACCUCCUCCGACUCCUGCGACGUACCUGCCACUGCGACCAACUAUCCCUGGUGACCAAGCGCCAUAUUUUGAGCCACCCAUGGGUGAUCGAGAGGCGUACUUGCCACUUCCACCAACUAUCCCUGGUGACCAAGCGCCAUACCCUCUGCCACCCAUGGGUGAUCGAGAUGUGCCUCGUCAAGCCACCCGUGUGGUGCUGCCUCUUCAGAAAGUUUACAUGGCCAACGAUGGCUUUGCUGCCACGGACUGCAGCGGGGCCACGCCAUUGGGCUUCCACAUGCCCCCGACGGCAUUUUCCAUCCCAUCGGGAAGGUAUGGCGAGGGCCAGGUCGUCAGUUGCAAAGUCUCGGCCGCGGUGCCGAUGGGGCCGCGGCCUCCAACUCCUGACAGCAACAGGACACCAGCACCCGCGGCGUCUACGGCCAGCUUUUUCCCCUCGGGGGGUAUGACGCCGAAGGCUACGACUUCGCAGACCCCGGCGCAAGCAGCCGCAGCGGCGGAGCUCGUGGCUUCGCUUCGAGGGGAGAUCCGGGUGAACGGGAGCUUCGAACCACGGCAGCCCGAGAUCCGGGCCCAGCUUGCCCAGCAGCUGAGCCUCGGUGGGCGGGCACAAAUCCAGGAGAUGUCUGGCUUCAAGGGCGGCCUGAACCUGGGCAUCUGGCUCGUAAGUGGAGGGGCUGAGCUGGUCCUGAAGCAAGUGAGGUGCGCGCGUGUUGCAAGCAAUGUCCUCACCGAAGCUGAGAACUUCAUCAGGGUGGUGAAAGAGCACCCAGAGAUCGCACAGGAUCCCGCGGUCGCCUUCCCGGUGAAGAUCUUCAGCUGCGUAGGUGCAGACCGCCGCCCGGUGAGUGACCUCAUCGUGAUGAAAAAGAGCCGCGGCGAGAGGCUGUGCGAGUACGUUGCAACGAAGUUCUACGCGAACCAGGUGCCACAGCUUUGCGCAGCAAUGGAGAACGUUGGCCGGGCGCUGCGCCGCUUCCACGAGCGCUAUGGCAACCAGCAGCACGGUGACUUCCAGCCCUCCAACAUCUACUACGACGAGAGCACGGCCUCGGUGUCUUUCAUCGACGUUGGAGGAAUGGGGGUACCAACCACUGGCAACGAUCUGGAGCACUUCCACCAGUGUAUGCGGUCAAUGACCACUGGCUACGAGCCACACCUUCAUGUGGAUCUGCUCAAUUCCUUCGACAAGGGCUAUCAGUCCUCGCCUUCGCAUCAGGGCUUCGAAGUCGUGACGUGA